AUGAGGGGUUUCAUUUUUACUUUGCUUCUCUUCUCUCUCCUGCUUGCCAUCUCAGAAGUGAAGAGUGAAGAAUCCAGGAAGCUCUGCGGGCUCCAGUACAUACGAACUGUCAUUUACAUCUGUGCCAGCUCCAGGUGGAGAAAGCACCUGGAGUCGAUCCCGCAAGGUCAGCAAGAAAUCCAAUGCAUUUCCCCCAGAGUAGAACUUGGUUGCUGCCUUUGUCAGAGCUCUCUAAGGAAGUAUUGUUUUUUCCCUUCCAUACGGCUGAGAGGAAACCGCUUCCAGCUGCCUAAUGAACAGGAGAUUUCUGAGGAAAGCGCAGUGCAAAACCUUCCAAAGAGGGAUUCCUCGGGGGAGGAAAGUCUUCAGGGUGAACAGCUGCCCACGGAAGGGCUUUGGAGGUCAAAGAAGUAUUCGGUGAUGUCAAGACAAGACUUGCAAAAGUUGUGCUGCACCGAAGGCUGUUCCAUGUCUGACUUGAGCGCUCUUUGUUAG